CAGACCUAGAACUUUACUGUAUCACGUUUGCCUGCGGAUUUGUAGGUAAAAAGGAUUCGACCGUCCUUGUCCUCAUUUAUUGUUUUUCAAGGGUUUUUUCUUCACCAUGCCUGAGCCAGCUAAAUCUGCCCCAGCUCCAAAGAAGGGCUCCAAGAAGGCGGCGACCAAGGCGCAGAAGAAGGACGGCAAGAAGCGCAAGCGCAGCCGCAAGGAGAGCUACUCGGUGUACGUGUACAAGGUGCUGAAGCAGGUCCACCCGGACACAGGCAUCCCAUCCAAGGCCGUGGGCAUCAUGAACUCUUUCGUUAACGACAUCGUCGAGCGCAUCACAGGCGAGGCAUCGCGCCUGGCGCAUUACAAAAAUCGCUCGACCAUUAUGUUCUCGGGCAUCCAGAUGGACGUGCGCCAGCUGCUUCCCGGGGAGAUGGCCAAACACGCUGUGUCUGAGGGCGCCAAGCCUGUCAGCAAGUACACCAGUGCCAAGUGAGCCACCCAUGGCCGACCCAAAGGCUCUUUUCAGAGCCACCUACC